AUGGCCGCCCCCGCCCCCGCCUCCGCCGCAGAUCCAGGCACGGCGUUCAAGAUACUCCUCUCCUGCCCCGACGGCCUCCCUCGCUCCCGCGUCUUGGUUAAGUUUGAUCGGUCAUUCGACAGGAUUCCCCAUCCUGAUGCAGCCUUGGAGGAAUCUAUAAGUGAGAUAUGGAACCAAAGCCUUCAGCAGAACCCAUCUCUAUACAGCGGUACAAAGUUUCGGGACAUUUGUGGGAACAAAUCUCAAUCCAUCGUGGGAGAAAUUUUUGUUCCAUCUGAAGAUGAUUCUGUACGUUACCAACACAUGUCAGAUCCACUGGGCAAUGGUGCUAUAGUUGAAACAUCUGACGAAAAGAUUAUUGUAUUGCAAAGGAGUUACAAUGUGGUGGACUUUCCAGGAUACUAUGUUUUCCCUGGAGGACACUCGGAGCCACAAGAAAUUGGAAUUAUGGGUCAUCAAACUGAUGGAGACUUUGCUUGUCUCACUGAACGAGUUUCACAAGAAAUGUUUGACGGAAUCAUCCGUGAAGUGGUUGAGGAAACUGGAGUUCCUGCUAGCUCCCUAACCGAUCCUGUGUUCAUUGGAGUUUCUCGCCGAGAAGUUAAUGUUAGGUCAACUGCAUUCUUUUUUACAAAAUGUAACAUUGACUCCAGUGGCGUAAAUGAGCUUUAUUCUAGAGCUCAAGAUGGCUAUGAAUCUACUAAACUGUAUGCAGUAUCUGUGGAAGAGCUACAAGGAAUGAGGCAGCGAAUGCCUGGCUGCCACAAUGGUGGUAUUGCUCUAUAUGAAUCGAUGAGGAAUGCUGCCAAAAAAUCGUGA